UGGUGAAAAGUGUCAAAUAUUUGACCCUCUCUCUCUAUGCAUUAUGCACCACGUAUAUCUCUUCUCAGUUCUUACUCUUCCUUUGGUUGUACACAAAAUUCUUGAAAUUAAAGCAGAGAUAUAUCAAUGGAUAUUCGAUUAUCAUACAGAAACAUUUCUUCUCACGGUUUAUGGUCUUGUCCAACAACUCAAAAGGGUCUCAAACCUUGUUGUUCAGGAAAAAAUUCUCAGCAAAAUGGUGAUUCCAGCAGCAAUUCAGGUGAUAAAUCUUCGACUGAUUGGGACAAAGCCUGGUCAAGCUUCAGGAAGCGAAGCAGGAAGAACAUCUUCUCAAACAUCUUUUCGCAAUUCUCUCCAAACAAGUACGUAACAUGGAAUCCUAAGCGUUCUGAAUAUCCGUUAUCUGAAGAGGUUGAUCCUAUUAAGAGAGCAGAGAAAUCAAACCUUAUGCUAUGGACAAGUCCACAAUUCACUCUUGUUGGUGCAAUUGUUAUAGUCACAUUUCUUUUGGUCUAUUCCAUUCUUGCUAUAACAAAAUGAGCUUUUGAAAUGUAAAACAUCGCUUAAUUUUAGAUCGAUGCAGCUACGUGUAUAAGUGGGAAAAAAUAUUAUGAUCGAUUCGUUUAAAAUUGUAUAAAGUAUGUAAAGUUGUAUCAAAGAAGAAAAUGUUAAUUGUUUGCCUGUUA